AUGGAUGAGAGCCGUGACAAAAUAUACGAAGCGUUACAGCCGCGCGAAAUCAGGCUCCUAUCUCUCAAGUCCGCUCUUCCAGACGAGAACAUCGAAUGCUCCUUGAUCGUAGCUGGAUUAGAUCAACCGCUUUCGUUUGAUGCUCUGUCGUACGUUUGGGGACCCGAGACGCCGACUGAAGAGAUACACUGCAAUGGAAUCUCGAUGCGCGUGAGAAAGAAUUUGGCCAACGCUCUGAGGCGACUCCGUCCCCUGCCGGCACAUCGAAAUAAUAUGGAUGAAAGAGCGGAGCAAGUGAAAUUGAUGGAAGACAUCUACCCUUCUGCGCGGAAAGUUCUACUGUGGUUUGGUAUAGGGGAUACACAGCCGAUCCCUCACGACCUUGAUGACAAAAGAAGCGAAUACUUCGAUGAUCCGCUGUGGAAAGCAAUGCAGGCGGUGGUGCAUCCCACGCGUCUUUUGUAUGGCGGAUUUGCUUCUGUGAAAGAGCGGGUUUCCAGGACAGCAAGACCGACGGUUCAUCUCGGGCAGUUUGGCAGCAUGCCAAUAGUGCUCUCAUUCAUCGCGCAGGCGAUCAGAAACGUGGAGAGGGAGGAGAAGGCUGCGCUCGCGCCAAGGGCUAGAGGAGAAGAAAACGAAGACAAUGUCACGCAUGGACUGCCGGCUGCAACGUCGAAAUACUGGCAAUUUGUUCGACAGUUCUUUGAACACCCUUAUUUCAGACGUGUCUGGAUCGUCCAGGAGGUCGUGUUAGCGACACAGGCAGUCGCCCUGGUGGGAGAUUGGGAAAUUGAGUGGUCAGCUUUGGGCAAGGCUGCAGCUUGGUUCCUGAAGUAUGAAUACAUGUCACAGUCUGAGCUGCCGCAAACAUUACGCGGAGGAACCCUUGCGAACCCGGCCACAAACGCCGCCGAGCUAUGGAAGAUGCAUGAGAAGGGCGUGAGGAUACAUCUUCGCCUCCUGGCUAUCUUGAGAGUUCUUCGCCAACGAAUGGCAACCGAGAAUGUUGACAAGGUGUUUGCGGCCUUCGGACUAGCUGAGGAAACACGCCAAUUUGGCGAGAUUCCAUGUCACCCACUAGUUGAAACCACUUACGCUACGAGCGUCAAAUCGGUUUACCGUAACGUUGCAAAAUUUCUUAUCAUCAACAACGGCAACCUCGAAGUCUUGUCGUCUGUGGGAGGCUCUCAAGAGCCUGGACAUGACUGGCCUUCCUGGGUGCCUGAUUGGUCCCGCAAGAAGACGUCCAUCGACCUCACCGACGCCCACCAAGAGAGUUCCCCAUAUGCUGCGGGUGGAAAUGAGUCUCUGACCAUUGGGGACAGCCUCGAUGAGAAUGUACUAUCCUUGAAAGGGAUCGAAUGUGACGAGAUCAUCGCCUUUAGCACGAAACUUCGGGGUCGUGGCUCUGGAGAAGCAGCUUCCAGGGAAGAGCAUGAUUUCAUCUCUCUGCCGGUUGUGGCGACCACGGAUCCUUGGUAG